AGUCGUUCGUUGAGGCCGCGGCCCUGGCGGGAACAAAAGAAACCCUCCUUUGGCUCCAUUAAUUCCUCGCAUCACUGCCCUACAUAGCAGAUAGAGAGGCACUAAAGAAAGGUGAGAUUUUGAGAAUUCGAAAGAGGUUCGCAACUUGCUAUCGGACUUUCCUUCUCUCUUGUGUUUACCUAGGGUUUUUUAAAGAUAUCGAAUCGGUUCUUUGCUCGCAUAUGUGCUUUCCGUGUCAUAAGGUUGGAAUUUGAAUUGCCCCCUGUGGCGACUCCUGCAACUUGCGUCGAUUUCUGGCAUCUCCAUUUAGAAUUCACAUGUGCCAAAUUAUCUAAGAAGCUUCUGGCAAUGCAGUAAGUUGGGGAAGGUUGCAAUGUAUGCUAGACAAUUGAAAAGCCGAGGGCAGAGCUGGUGUUCGUUAAAUACAUUAAACUAUACAUUUAGGUCAAGUCCUGGGAUUAGUUCUCGAUUUCAUUCAUGCAGAAAUGAAUUCACGGGAGAAAGCUCAUCAAGUGCUAGAAGAAUCUGUUCAGCUCCAGUAUCUUUUUCAAGUUUUGAUUCUGUAGGGCUAUGUAGGAGGUUUCGGGUUCAUUUGGCAUACAAUUCAUGUAGAUUUUGUAGCUCAAAUAGUGAUGGAAGUAAUGCUAGUGAGGAAGGCAAUCAUGCUCCUGUCAAGGAUGCGAGUAAGUUUGAUGAGGGAAAGUCUCCAAAAGAGGAUAUUUUAUCUAAGUCCAAGCACAACAAUGAGCAUGCACGCCUUGGGGAGCAUGACCAGCAGGAGUGGCUCAACUCCGAGAAACUGUCUAUUGAAUGCAAGGAAAAGGAGUCUCCUUUUUUAACAAAGCGGCAGCGGUUUAAGAAUGAGUUCUUACGGAGGGUGGUUCCAUGGGAGAGAAUUACAGUCUCAUGGAAGAACUUUCCUUAUUAUAUCAAUGAAAACACAAAGCACUUACUGGUAGAAUGUGCUGCCUCCCAUUUGAGACAGAGAAAAUUUGCAUCAGCUUAUGGUGCACGGCUUCCCUCUUCUACUGGGAGGAUUUUACUUCAAAGCAUGCCAGGGUCUGAACUUUAUCGGGAAAGACUAGUACGAGCCCUAGCUAGAGACUUGCAGGUUCCUUUGCUCGUUCUUGACAGCAGUGUUCUUGCUCCAUUUCUGCAUUUUGGUGAAGAAUAUGCAUCAGAAAGUGAGUCAGAUGAUGAAAAUGUUGAUUCAGGAGAAGGAUGCUCAUCAGAAUCAGAUGUUGAGGAGGAGAAUGAGGCAAGCAAUGAAGAAGAAUGGGGAAACAACAGUGAAACAAAGUCAGGCGAAAGCGAUGAUGAUGGUGUUGAUGUGCAUGCAUCUGUCGAAGCUCUUAAGAAGCUUGUGCCUUGUACGCUCGAGGAAUUCGAAAAGAGUGUUUCUGGAGAAGCUGAAUGCACCUUGACUUCUACAACUUCUACAGAAUCAGAUGCCUCCAUUGAACAAUCAAAAAGACAAUUUAGAAAAGGUGAUCGUGUGAAGUAUGUUGGGGCCUCUGUGCAAAUUGAUGCUGAAAAAGAGUCUCUGUUGAGUGGGCAGCGGGGAGAAGUGUAUGAGGUUAGGGAGAAUCAUGUAGCUGUUAUUCUGGAUAAUUCUGAAAGCAAGACAGUGGAAGAAAAUAAAGGGAAGGAUGACAAGUUGUCUAUUUAUUGGUUUGAUAUUCAGGAUAUUGAGUAUGAUCAUGAUACUGAGGCUGAAGAUUGGCAUAUAGCUAUUGAGGCACUUUGUGAGGUUCUGCCAUCCUUGCAACCGCUUAUUGUCUACUUUCCUGAUUCUUCGAAAUGGUUGUUGAGAGUUGUUCCUAAGUCAAGUCGUACAAUGUUUUUUUGUAAGAUGGAGCAAAUGUUUGAACAGCUUUCUGGGCCUGUUGUUUUGGUAUGCGGUCAAAACAUCAUAGAAGCAGGGUCCAAAGAGAAAGAAAAACUCACAAUGAUUCUUCCACAAAUUCGAAUAGCUCGACUGCCUUUACCAUUAAAACAACUGACUGAAGGAUUAAGAGCAAGCAAACCAUCCAAAGGAAAUGAUAUAAGUAAACUUUUUACGAAUUCCAUUAUUAUUCAUCUUCCAAAGGAAGAGGAGCAACUUAGAGUUUUCAAUAAACAAAUUGAAGAGGAUAAGAAAAUUAUCAUGUCAAGAAAUAAUCUUAUAGAGCUUCAUAAGGUUCUUGAAGAACACGACCUUUCAUGCAUGGAACUUCUGCAUUUGAAGACAGAUGGUGUUAUUUUGACCAAGCAAAAAGCAGAGACCGCGGUUGGAUGGGCUAGAAAUAACUACUUGUCCUCCAUCAUUCUUCCUAAUAUUAAUAAUGGUAGGCUGGUGAUUCCCCUUGACAGCCUAGAGAUUGCGAUCUCAAGGUUGCGAGAGCAGGAAUCAGUUUCAAGGAAGCUAUCACAAAGCAUAAAGAAUCUUGCAAAAGAUGAGUAUGAGAGCAAUUUUGUUUCAGCAGUGGUGCCCUCAGAUGAAAUAGGAGUCAAGUUUGAUGAUAUCGGUGCUCUCGAGGAUGUGAAGCAGACUUUAAAUGAACUUGUGACACUUCCUAUGAGAAGGCCAGAGCUUUUUUCACAUGGAAAUCUUUUGCGGCCUUGCAAAGGAAUUUUACUUUUUGGCCCACCAGGAACUGGUAAAACUCUUCUUGCAAAAGCACUUGCAACUGAAGCUGGGGCAAAUUUCAUCAAUAUAACCAGUUCCACUCUUACGUCAAAGUGGUUUGGAGAUGCCGAGAAGCUCACUAAGGCACUUUUUUCCUUUGCCUCUCGACUGGCUCCUGUCAUUAUUUUUGUUGAUGAGGUUGACAGCUUGCUUGGUGCACGAGGUGGUGCCUUCGAGCAUGAAGCAACAAGAAGAAUGCGGAAUGAAUUUAUGGCUGCUUGGGACGGGUUGAGGUCAAAGGACAGUCAAAGGAUUCUUAUUCUUGGUGCUACAAAUAGACCAUUUGAUCUCGAUGAUGCUGUGAUUCGCCGCCUUCCAAGAAGGAUAUAUGUAGACCUCCCAGAUGCUGAAAAUCGCAUGAAGAUUUUGAAGAUAUUUCUUUCCCGAGAAAACCUCGACCCUAGCUUUAAAUUUGACGAGUUAGCUAAUGCAACCGAAGGGUAUUCUGGAAGUGAUUUGAAGAAUCUCUGCAUUGCUGCUGCAUACAGGCCUGUCCAAGAACUUCUUGAAGAAGAGAAGCAGCAAGUAGAAAAAACUGCUAAACCUUCAUUGCGGCCUCUUUUUCUUGAUGAUUUCAUACAAGCAAAAUCAAAGGUGGGAGCUUCUGUAGCCUAUGAUGCUGCCAGCAUGAAUGAGCUUAGAAAAUGGAAUGAACGAUAUGGAGAGGGAGGCAGCAGGCGAAUAUCGCCUUUUGGAUUUGGAAACUGACUAUUGGAAAAGAGAAUCGGUGUUUGUGACGUAGUGUUAGGCUCUUUUUCUUUAAAAGUUAGAAUGUAUUUACAGCUAAUAAAUCUUUAAUUAAGUUUCCAUGAGAGGGGAAAAUAAAGAUUUUUCCUUUUUUUUUUUAAAUUGUUCCCAAGAAGAUGAUCUAUUGUUCAAAUGAGAAGUGUUUUUAUGUCUGCAUGUCUAUACAAUGUGCUUAUAGAUGCAGUUCAUAUAUUUUAUAUUUUACAGUAGUAUUUAUAUGAAAUGUUGUACUGUUUAUUUAACAGUAUAUUUCUUUCAAUUCUUAGCUGUUGCAUA